AGAGGCAGUAUUCUCCGGAGAGCCUUCAGACUCAGCAAGCGUCUCCACAACCGAAUGGAAGAAAAGAACUUUUAGCCACCAUUUUCUUAUUUACAGAACGGAGUGUGUCGAACAGCAAGAUGUCUCCGGCGCUCCUUCGCUCGCUGUGUCUUCUUACACUUUAUUUGACAAUUGGAUAUGGCCAGGAGGGGAAGUUUAGUGGACCCCUGAAGCCUAUGACGUUUUCUAUUUUUGAAGGUCAAGAGCCGAGUCAAGUCAUAUUCCAGUUUAAGGCCAAUCCUCCUGCAGUGAGUUUUGAACUAACUGGGGAAACGGACAACAUAUUUAUGAUACAAUCAGAUGGACUUCUGUAUUAUGUUAGAGCACUGGACAGGGAAACGAGAGCUACUCACCACCUCCAGAUUUCAGCCCUGGAUGCCCAAGGAGCUACAGUGGAGGGCCCAGUCCCCAUCACCAUAGAAGUGAAGGACAUCAACGACAACCGACCCAUGUUUCUCCAGUCAAAGUAUGAAGGCUCAGUAAGGCAGAACUCUCGCCCAGGAAAACCCUUCAUGUCUGUCAAUGCUACAGACUUGGAUGACCCAGCCACUCCCAAUGGCCAGCUUUUUUAUCAAAUUGUCAUUCAGCUUCCCAAUGUCAACAAUGUCAUGUACUUUCAGAUCGACAACAAAACGGGAGCAAUCUCACUUACCCCACAAGGGUCUCAGCAACUGGAUCCUGUUAAGAAUCCUUCCUACAAUCUGGUGGUCUCCGUACAGGACAUGGGAGGCCAGACUGAGAAUUCCUUCAGUGAUACUGCCUCUGUGGACAUUAAGGUGAAGGAGAAUAUUUGGAAAGCACCAGAACCCGUGGAGGUUGAAGAAAACUCGACUGCUCCUCAUCCCCUCAAAAUCACUCAGGUGCGGUGGAAUGAGCCAGGUGCACACUAUUCCUUAUCUGACAGAGACAAGCUGCCAGUAUUCCCAUUCUCAAUUGACCAAGAAGGAGACAUUUAUGUGACUCAACCCUUGGACAGAGAAAAAAAGGAUUCAUAUACUUUUUACGCCAUUGCAAAGGAUGAGAACGGAAAACCACUUGCAUUCCCACUGGAAAUUCAUGUGAAAGUUAGAGAUAUUAAUGACAAUCCACCAACAUGUCCAUUUCCGGUGACUGUAUUUGAGAUCCAGGAGAAUGAAGGACUGGGAAGCAGCAUUGGGACCUUUACUGCCAAUGACAUGGAUGAAAAGAACACUAUCAAUAGUAUUUUAAAGUAUAAAAUUGUGGCACAAACCCCACAAAUUCCCACAGAUGGACUCUUCCUGGUUGAGGAAUAUACGGGAAAGCUCCAGUUAGCUAGACAGGCUUUGAAGAAGCAAGAUACUCCUCAGUACAACCUAACAGUGGAGGUGUCCGACCCAGAUUUCAAGACCUCCUGUUUUGUGCAAAUCCAUGUCAUUGAUAUCAACGAUCAGAUUCCCAUCUUUGAAAAGUCAGAUUAUGGAAAUCUGACUCUCCCUGAAGACACAGCGGUUGGGACAAUCAUUCUAACCAUUCAAGCCACUGAUGCUGAUGAGCCCUUUACUGGAAGUUCUAAAAUCCUGUAUCGGAUUAUACAAGGAGACAGUGAAGGAAGACUGGGGGUUGACACAGACCCCCAAACCAAUAGAGGAUAUGUCACAAUCAAAAAGCCUCUUGAUUUUGAAACGGCAGCCUUCUCCAACAUUGUGUUCAAAGCAGAAAACCCUGAGCCUCUUGUAUCUGGUGUGACGUACAACGCAAGCUCUUUUGCCUCGUUGAAGCUUAUUUUAACAGAUGUGAAUGAAGCACCUGUAUUUUCCCAGGAUGUAUUCCAAGCAAAAGUCAGAGAGGAUGUUGCCAUUAACACUAAAGUGGGCAACGUGACUGCCAGGGAUCCUGAGGGUCUGCACAUCAGAUAUUCACUGAGCGGCGACACAAGAGGUUGGCUUAAAAUUGACCCCGUCACUGGUGAGAUCUUUAGUGUGGCUCCGCUGGACAGGGAAGCGGAAAGUGUGUAUCAGGUACAAGUCGUGGCCACUGAAGUAGGCGGGUCAUCUUUGAAGUCCACAUCGAAUUUCCACCUGACUCUCAUGGACGUGAAUGACAACCCCCCACGGCUCGCCAAGGACUACACGGGCCUGUUUAUCUGCCAUCCUCUCACUGCACCUGGAAGUGUCAUUUUUGAGGCCACUGAUGAUGACCAGCAGUCAUUUCGGGGUCCCCAGUUUACAUUUGCCCUUGGCAGUGAAAACUUAAAAAAUGACUGGGAAGUUUCCAAAAUCAACGGCACUCAUGCCAGACUCUCCACCAAGCACACAAACUUUGAAGAAAGACUUUAUAAAAUCGCCAUCCGCAUUAAUGACGGGGGUCGGCCACCUUUGGAAGGGACUGUCUUUUUACCAGUUACUUUCUGCCCAUGCGUGGAAGGAAGUUGUUUCCGACCAGUAGAUACACAGGAAGGGAGGCCCACUGUGGCUAUGGCAGUUGGUAUACUCCUGACAACCCUUCUAGUCAUUGGUAUAAUUUUAGCAGUUGUGUUUAUCCGCAUGAAGAAUGAUAAAGGCAAAGAUAAUGUUGAAAAUGCUCAGACAACUGAAGUCCAGCCUCUGAGAAGCUGAAUUUGAAAAGGAAUGUUCGAGUUUAUAUACCAAGUGCUCUUACAAUGACUAUUGUUCAAUCUUACUUUUCAUCCACAUGUGCACUAUAUAUAUUUUACAGAUAUUCCCUCUUGCCCUUUAAUAUUUUACUACUUAGAUAUUUCAUGUGCUAUAUAGACCUUAGAGAUUUUUUCCAUUUCCCAUGACAUUUUUUUCCCCUCUUCCAAAAAACAUCUACUUAACCCAAACCAAAAAUGUUUUCCCCUUAGGAAAAGAUGAUUAGAUAUUCUGUACAUUUUUGCGUCAUUAAGGAGAUUAUCAGCUGUCUUCCACAGAACUUUCUGGAUUCCAUUUAAGCUUUCUCUGAUUCCAUCUUGUGCCCCCUUUGUCCGUAGCUCCUGGGGUAUAGUACUGAAUUGAAAACAUUUGUCAAACAAAAGAACAAAGAGGACCCAAGAAAAAAAA